AUGAUAUAAUAGAGUAAAUAUUACUAAGAAUUGGAAGAAUUUUUAAACUCUUCGCUUUAGUCUCAUUAGGUUCUCCAUAUUGAUCUCACUUACGGUUAUAUCAAUCAUGAAUGUAGAUCAAAAUUAGGUUCUGCUUUAUCAAAUUGUAUUAAUCUCUCAGAUUUAACACUUGAUCUUCAUGACAUUUAAAUUAAUGAUGAAGAUGUAUCAAACUUAAGUUCUGGUUUAGCAAAUUGCAUUAAUCUCACAAAUUUGUCACUUUACCUUGAUGCCAAUUAAAUAACUGAUAAAGGUGCUUCAUUCUUAGGUUCUGCUUUAGCAAAUUGUAUUAAUCUCUCAAAUUUGAAACUAAGCCUUAGUGGCAACUAAAUUGGUGAUAAAGGUGUAUCAAGCUUAGGUCCUAUUUUUGCAAGUUGCUUUAAUCUCUCAAAUUUGACACUAUACCUUUAUAACAGUUAAAUUAGUUGUGAAGGUGCUUCAGUCUUAGGUUCUUAAUUAGCAAAUUGCAUUAAUCUCUCUAAUUUGACGCUAUAUUUUAGUGACAAUUAAUUUGGUGAUGAAGGUGCAUCAGGCUUAGGUUCUGCUUUAGCAAAUUGCAUUAAUCUCUCAGAUUUGAAACUUGAUCUCGUUGGUAAUAAAAUUGGUACAAUUGGUGCAUCAGCUUUAUGUUUUGCUUUAGCAAAUUGCGUUAAUCUCUCGAAUUUGACACUUAGCCUUAGUGACAAUUAAAUUGGUGAUAAAGGUGCAUAAAACUUAGGUUUUGCUUUAGCAAAAAGCAUUAAUUUACUAAAUUUGGCGCUUGAUCUUCGUGGUAAUUAAAUUGGUGAUGAAAGUAUAUCAAGCUUAGGUUCUGCUUUAACAAAUUGCAUUAAUAUCUCAGAUUUGGCACUAUACCUUGAUAACAAUUCAAUUGGUGAUGUAGGUGUAACAGGCUUAGGUUCUACUUUAGCAAAUUGUAUUAAUCUCUCUAAUUUGGUACUAACCCUUAGUGAUAAUAAAAUUGGCGCAAUUGGUGCAUCAGGCUUAGGUUCUGGUUUAGCAAAUUUUAUUAAUCUCUAAAAUUUGACACUAUACCUUUAUUACAACUAAAUUGGAGAUAAAGGUGCUUCGGAUUUAGGUUCUGCUUUAGCAAAUUGCCUUAAUCUCUUAACUUUGACAUUAUACCUUUAUGGCAAUAAAAUUGGUGUAAAAGGUGUAUAUGGCUUAGGUUCUAAUCUAGCAAAGUGCGUUAAACUCUCAAAUUUGACACUUAGCCUUAGUGACAAUUAAAUUGGUAGUGAUGGUGCAUCAGUCUUAGGUUCUACUUUAGCAAAUUCCAUUAAUGUCUCUAAUUUGACACUUGAACUUUAUGCAAAUUAAAUUGGUGAUCAGGGUGCAUUAGGCCUAUGUUCUGCUUUAGCAAAUAACAAUAAUUUCUCAAAUUUGACACUUAACCUUAGUGACAAUUAAAUUAAUGAUGAAGGUGCAUCAGGCUUAGGUUCUGCUUUAGCAAAUUGUGUUAAUCUCUCAAAUUUGAAAUUCGAUCUUCGCUCUUUGAAUUGA